CGUGACGCUCCGGAGCCGCUGCAGUCACAGCGGUGUUAGCCGUGCUAGCUGUUUGCCGGGGCUAGCCUAAACGAUGGCGGGCGUGCACCCCCAGCAGGACGACCUGCUGAAGAUGACACACAAAGAAAACUGGAAGGUGCUGCACGUGAAGCACCGGGGUCACGAGGCCAUGCACGCGGAGAUGGUGAUGAUCCUCGUCGCCACGCUGGUGGUGGCUCAGAUCGUCCUGGUGCAGUGGAAGCAGCGGCACCACCGCUCCUACAACCUGGUGACGCUCGUCCAGAUGUGGGCCGUCCCGCUUUACUUCACCAUCAAACUCUACUGGUGGAGGUUCCUGUCCAUGUGGGGCAUGUUCUCCGUCAUCACCAGCUACGUCAUCUUCAGAGCCACCCGCAGGCCGCUGUCCUGCCGGACGCCGAGGAUGGUGUACAAGUGGUUCCUGCUCAUCUACAAGCUGAGCUACGCGGUGGGCGUCCUGGGCUACCUGGCCAUCAUGUUCACCAUGUUCGGCUUCAACGUCUUCUUCAGGAUCAAGGCGGAGGACUCCAUGGACGUGGGCGUCAUCAUGCUGUUCUACGGGCUCUACUACGGCGUCAUGGGGAGGGACUUCGCCGAGAUCUGCUCCGACUUCAUGGCGUCCACCAUCGGGUACUACAACAGGGACGGCAUGCCCAGCAGGAGUCUGAGCGAGGACAUCUGCGCCGUGUGCGGUCAGAAGAUCCUGGUGGACGUGGAGGAGGAAGGACUCAUAGAAGACACCUACCAGCUGUCCUGUGGACACAUCUUCCACGAGUUCUGCAUCCGCGGCUGGUGCAUUGUGGGUAAGAAGCAGACGUGCCCAUACUGCAACGAGAAGGUGGACAUGAAGAAGAUGAUGAACAACCCCUGGGAGAAGACGCACGUCCUCUACGGCCAGCUGCUCGACUGGCUCAGAUACCUGGUUGCCUGGCAACCCAUCAUCAUCGGCGUCGUCCACGGGAUCAACUUCACCCUGGGCCUCGAGUAGGAUGGGGGGUGGGAGGGGGGGGGUGUAGUCUGACUUGUCACAGGCGGACUGAUCCAGAAGGACGACGUGAUGCCGAAAAAAAGAAAAAAAAACUGCUGCCAACGUGAACAAAAGGAGCCUCACUGGAGGCUCCGGAUCCUCGGAACCUUUUCACGCCGCGUCGCUUCCUGUUUACAUUUCUACCAACUUUGUUCAUCCAGUUUCCACUUUUGUAUCGUCCGUUUCUGUUUAAAUGAACGCUCGGAUUCCUCUGCGCACUGUAAGGUAUAUUUUAUGUAUAUUUCUUUGUUUUUUAAAUAUAUUUCGCAGUGGUGUAGUCUAUAUUUUUGUAGUAUUUGACGGGGGGGGGGGUGGCUUUCUGGAUGGAAGUUGGAACGUUGUGUCACUACGAUGUCGUUACGUAGCUCGUAGACUGCACCACUGUUUAAACGGCUCAGUGCUGAGGGAGAAGCUUUCUUUUGCCAAAUCAACUGUCGCCUUUGUCUAAGACCGCUGCUGAUCUAAACUUUGUAUUUAUUAAAUAUGUGUAUAUAUAUAAAAGCCUCAUCGGUGUGUGCAGUGGCGAUAUGGCUCAUGGGGGGCGGCACGAGCACUUGGAAAAAAAAUAAAAUCCUUUGCUCCGCGAAGCAGUUUUCUAUCAUCUAUCGUUUCACUGUGUGGGGGGUUGUCAGAUUGGCGCCCUGCUUGCUGGAGGUGCUGUGCACAGAAGCUGUGGAAAAGGGAGGGGCGCGCGGGGGACAGGUCACCUCUGGGUCACCCAAAUGGAACGGUCGGAUAAGGGGGGGGAGCAGGGGUCGGGGGAUUCACUGUUAAAUACGCUAAUGUAAUUAGUGGCUAAAGUCAGUCACAUCCCGACUUUCUUCCAAAUAACGCACAUUUCAAUAAUGAUAAAUGCAGGCCUAUAGUUCCUGCAUAUUUUUGUUUUUUAUGAAUUGUGUGAAAUGGCCAAUAAAAAUUGGUAAUACAAAACAACCAUGUGUCACCUGUCACCAAGGUUAAUUGGUUUAGUGUUGACUUCUGGUUGUGACUGACAGUGUUCGGGGGGGGAUGGGAAAUC